UUUCUUUCACACGAUCAUUUCAAUGAUCGGUGCAGCUUUUGUUGACAUCUUCUUUUUCACGUUUACAACAAUUAGAACAAUGAAUGCGAAAGAGGAUUAAAGAAAGGUGACAUAAGAAUACUGUCAUGACUCAUGUUCCUUGGCUGCGAGUGGUGAGGAGGAGAAAAGCCAAGUUGUUUUGCUCUUCUCUCUUCCUCUCUCUCUAUAUAAUUAAAUGUUCUCCUUCAUUUGUUGUUAGAAGAAUUAAAGAGAGAGUACGUGACAAUCUUGUGUUGUGUUUCUCUGUGUUUGGUUUCUCCCGUUAAUAUAAAACUCUCCACAUCUUACCAGCCUUUUUGUAUUGCAUCCAUUCUAUUUGGAGGUUGGUUUUGUUUUCAAGAAAUGGCUGAAGAGUAUGCAGAAUGCUUGCUGGAGAAUAAAUUCCAUGAGAACUGCCCUGGCUGCAAGGUUGACCAGAUGAAGAGGCUUCGCCGUGGCUUCCCUUUCUCCGAGCUUCUCACCGUUUGGCUCAUCGUCCUCUGCACCGCUCUGCCUAUUUCCUCUCUUUUCCCAUUUCUUUACUUUAUGAUUGGUGAUUUUAACAUAGCAAAGAAAGAAGAGGACAUUGGGUUCUAUGCUGGAUUUGUUGGUUGCUCUUUCAUGCUCGGACGAACAUUAACAUCUGUCAUCUGCGGCAUUGUGGCUGACCGUUAUGGAAGAAAACCUGUAAUCCUCAUAGGAACUGCUUCAGUGGUCAUUUUCAACACUCUAUUCGGCCUAAGUGUAAAUUUCUGGAUGGCCAUCAUCACAAGGUUUUGCCUAGGUAGUUUCAACGGUCUACUUGGUCCUAUAAAGGCUUACGCAAUGGAAACAGUCCGUGAUGAAUAUCAAGGUUUGGCACUCUCAGCGGUUAGUACAACAUGGGGCAUUGGACUCAUCAUUGGUCCUGCUAUGGGAGGCUUUCUUGCUCAGCCUGCUAAGCAAUAUCCAAGUUUAUUCUCAGAAAAUUCAGUUUUUGGGAAGUUUCCCUACUUGUUGCCGUGCUUAGCAAUAUCUUGCUUUGCACUUCUGGUUACCAUAAUUUCAUUGCGGAUUCCGGAAACAUUGCACAAUCACAAGAUUGAUGAUGAUGCAUUAUCACCUGAUGAGUCUUUUGAUGCUCACAAAGCUUUGUCUCAUGACCCUGAAUCUCAUAAAACGACAGAGAGAAAUGAGAAAAGCUCUCUUUUAAAGAACUGGCCACUAAUCUCAUCUAUUAUCGUCUACUGCAUCUUUUCACUUCAUGAUAUGGCUUACACAGAGAUCUUUUCAUUGUGGGCAAACAGCCCCAGGAAAAAUGGAGGUUUGGGAUACUCAUCAGCCGAUGUUGGUUCUGUUCUUGCAUUUUCAGGGUUUGGUCUCCUUAUCUUUCAGCUUUCGCUCUACUCUUACGCGGAGAGGCUCUUAGGACCAACCAUGGUUACACGUAUCUCUGGGAGUUUGGCAUUAGUUCUCUUAUCAACUUACCCUCUAAUAGCAAAGCUAUCUGGUUUAGCCCUUACCCUGGCGCUAAACUGUGCGUCUGUAGCAAAGAAUGUUUUAGCAACUUCUGCUAUUACUGGUUUAUUCAUACUUCAAAACAGGGCCGUAAGACAAGACCAAAGAGGAGCAGCUAACGGGAUUGCCAUGACAGCAAUGUCUCUUUUUAAAGCAAUAGGUCCAGCAGCAGCAGGCAUCAUUUAUUCUUGGAGCGAGAAGCGUCUGGAUGCUGCUUUUCUCCCUGGCACACAAAUGGUUUUCUUUAUCCUCAAUGUGGUCUUGGCACUGGGAGUUGUAAUGACGUUCAAACCAUUUCUUGCUCAAACACAACAUUAGAGAUCAAUGAGAUUUUGAUGUUAUCAACUUAUCAUCAAGUUACAUACCAUCUGUAUUUAUUUUAGCUUGUAUUAGUCUAAUGCCAACUUUGAUCAUAGAUUUUCGUAAAAGAUAAAUUGUUACGAGAAACAACUUGUUCUUGUC